CCGUGGGCCAGGUGGGUGCUGGUGCUCGCGGCGCGGGGGCUGCGCAGUGUCUAUACCUUGGAAAAGAGGAAUGAAACCUCUCUCCGAAUGGCUGGCCUUCUGGAACUAUCCCCUUGACUGAAGACCAAGAGCCUACCUGAGGGUGCAGCCCAGCCCAGAGGUACCAACCGCCCUUGUUCCUCCAGCACCAGGGUAAUCUCCACUGCCGGGUGUUUGGCAGCCAGGCCUUUCUGAAACCCUGUUAGUUGAUCCUUGUCUCACCUCUCUGCCAUGGCUUCUGGAGGGGAGGGUCUGGCAGAUGGCUUCCCUGACUGGGGUGACACCAGCAUCGAUCUCAGCUCGCCAGGCCUCGCCAAGGCCAGCGCCUCCAUCCUGGACAAUGGGGAGGACUUCGAAGUCCUCGAUGAGGAUGACGACGAUGACGACUUGAGUGAACUCCCCCCUUUGGAGGACAUAGGGACAGGAAGGACCCCACCAGCCAGAGAUGACACCCAGGUGCCUGAGUCAGAGCAAGCCCCAGAGGUGGCCUCCAACAUGCCCCAGGCAGCUGAGGAGUGGCUUGAUGUCUUGGGGAGUGGCUUACUCAAGAAGAAGACCCUGGUGCCAGGUCAAGGCGUGGAGAGCCGGCCACGCAAAGGCCAGGAUGUCACUGUCCGACUCAAGGCGAUGCUGGAGGAUGGCAGCGUGGUGGAGGACAAUCCCAGCCUCUCCUUCACCUUGGGAGACUGCGACGUCAUGCAGGCCCUAGACCUGUGUGCACAGCUGAUGGAAAUGGGAGAAACUGCCUUGAUCAUGUCGGAUGCCAAGUACUGCUAUGGCCCGCAGGGCAGGAGCCCCGACAUCCUGCCCCACGCAGCCCUCACCCUGGAAGUUCAGCUGCUGGCCGUGCAGGACGCUCCUGACCUGGAGCUUCUCCGUGGGAGUGAGAAAAUCCAGCUGGCCAAUCGCAAGCGGGAACGCGGGAACUUCUACUACCAGCAGGCAGACUACGUGCUGGCCAUCAACUCCUACGACAUUGCCCUGAAGACCAUUGACUCCAGCUCCAAAGUCGACUAUAGCCCGGAGGAGGAGGCUGAGCUGCUAGAGGUGAAGGUGAAAUGCCUCAACAACCUGGCAGCUUCUCAGCUCAAGCUGGACCAUUAUGAGGCUGCCCUGAGAUCCUGCACCCAAGUCCUGGAGCACCAGCCGGAGAACAUCAAGGCCCUCUUCCGCAAGGGGAAGGUGCUGGCACAGCAGGGAGAGUACAACGAGGCUAUACCCCUCCUCAAAGCAGCUUUGAAGCUGGAGCCAUCAAACAAGACCAUCCAUGCGGAGCUCUCCAAGUUGGUGAAGAAACACGUGGAGCAGAAGAACAUGGAGACCGCAAUGUACAGGAAGAUGCUGGGGAAUGCCAGCACCACCAGCACCGCUGCACCGUGCAAAGACAAGGCGCCCCGGUCUAUUCCCUGGAAGUGGCUCUUCGGCGCAGCAGCUGUAGCGCUCGGUGGCGUGGCCUUGUCCGUCGUCAUAGCCGCAAGGAACUAGCGUAGUCUGCGGAGAGGCCCAAGGAGCUAUGCCACGCCCCAGUCUGCUCACCAGCUGCCCCGGCACAUCCGGACCUGCCCCGGUGAGGACUGUCUGAUUUUCUCCUCCUAGAGCGGAGCUGGGGCUCUGUGCAUCGCUCCCCUCCCCCUACCCACUGAUUGUAAAUCACAGACUCAACCUCCUCUGUCUGAGGGUCCUGGCCAGCAGCAGUUGCAGCGACACCUUUGCAGCAGGACGAGGCGUGGGUGGAGGGGUGGCAGGCCAGGUGGAGAUGCCCAGGGCGGGUGAGCCCUCUGCGUGUGGGAUGAAGAGCCCAGCAUCUCUGCACCUUGACUGCUGGUUCGUCAUUGUCCUACUCCGCAGAACCUGUGACCUGGUGCCAGCAGAGCAGUAACUUCUGGUGCCAUCUGCCCCUUUCUGAUGGUCAGGCCAGGAGGGGCUCCCCCAAAGAACCACUCUGUUAAGGGAUGCACCUGUUUCUGGGGAAGGGUAGAGCAGGCAGGGCUUGUGUGGCCAUGACUCUGGUUCUGCAGAGCCGGGUCCAUGGUGGGGGAUGCUCUCCAUGUGGCUGUGGGGGAGGGCAUGCACUCGGCACCCCAUCCCCCUAGUUAGAGGGAGCUGGGAGCUGUGCCCAUGGGUGAGGGCUGGUUUUCCUGUUGUAAAGGGUUCUAGUGCCAUUACAGCCACCAUGCUCUGCGACAGGCACCUCAGGGUGUUGGAAGGUGGCACCUUGGCCCUGUCCCUGGAUCUCUUGGGCAGUGGGGCUGGGCGGGAGUGUACAGCCCCUCCAGCAGAGUUCUCACUGAUACAUCAGGGACGGGGGGGCUCUCUUGGAGCACGCCCUGCCCCUCAGCCUUCAUGCGCACCUCUCUGCCUUCUUCACCACAGGGUGGGGUCUAGUGUGCGAUGGCCAAGAACUGUCCUGGGAGCAUGAGAUGCCCCCUGGAAGCAAAAUGCCAUCUGGCAGGAAUGGUGCAGGGACAAAAUGUCUGUGUGUCCAUUUCAUCCUGCUGGUGCCCAGGGCUUUGAUCUCUCUGCGGGUCCCCUGGGGAGGGUAUUUCCCCUCUGACUGUAGCUCUUUCCAGCCCUGGUCCUGGAUUUCCCAGCUGUUCUGUCUCCCUCCCCACUGGGCAGCAGGGCCUGUCUCUUCUGUGUGUCCACACUGUCCUAACAGCUGCGCUUCGAAGGAGUCAAAGUACUAUUCCGCCCCCAAUCAACUGUGAAAACCCUCCAAUAAAAGGACAAGUCACAAUUGUGUCUCCUCCA